UGUGAGCUGAUAAUUCGGAGUCACGUGACUUUGCAGGACUUUCAGUGUGGCCUUCCAGGACAUGGGGGGGGGGGGGCUUGGCACAUUCAAAGGAAUUUGGCAUGACUUGUAGGGGUUGCAGUGUGACUGAGCCCCAUAGCCGCAUGGCUACACGUUUAGCAAGAUCUACCAGGACCUAGGGGGUGGUUCAGGUGCCUUGGCAUGGUUAUAGAGAACGUUGGUGAGGUCAGGCUUUGGGGUCACCUGCUGGGUCUUUGGAGUAGGCGCGUACCUCCAAACACAUUAGUAUUGGGAUUUUAGGAUUACCUUUGUAUCCUAUUUUUCCUCCAAGGAGCUCAAGGUUCUUCCCUGCCCCUAUGUAAUCCUCAACAACCCUGUGAGGUAGUUUAGAUUGAUAAAACAAUGGCUGGCUUAAGGUUGCUCAGUGAGCUUCACAGCUGAGUGGGGUUUUGAACCCUGGCCUGCUAGGUCCUACAGUCUAACCACUACACCGCACUGCCACAUCCUGUUAGGAUCCUUGGAGCUGCUAAACAUCGUAUGCCCUCACAGGCUCUUAGCAUGAUCUUCAAUGAUAUUGGCCUGAGCUGUGACCCUUCACUUGUUUGAUACCUGAACUCUCAUGUCCUGGAUCUGGUACAUUAAAGCUUUGGCAUAACAUGCUGGCAAUAGGUCAUGGAAGCAGAUAGGAGCUUUGGUGCAUUUACUUGGUGCCCACCAACAAUAUACAAUGCUAGGUAGGGUUGCCAUCUCUUUUUCUAACUGUCGCUGUGGCAUGGAACACAGAAAUUAAGCAGAUGAAGCACUUCCUGAGGAGAAGGGGGCGGGGGGGGAGUAAAUGGAAAUAUAGCUACUAAAUUCCUGCUUUCUUGGGCUGUUGUGAUUAGAAAUGCACACAGCAGUAGUUGUAGGCAGCUGACAUUCUGACCUGAGAAAUCCAUGGAACAAGAUGACCUGACAAUUAUGAUGAUAUGUCCUGGUAGAGCCUUAGGUACAUCUGAAAGUAUUAGGACCCUGUGUGGCAUGGUGGAAAGUGAAAGGACUGUUGUAUGUAGGGCUGGGGGGCAGGGAUUGCAAAGUACUGUAUAAGAAAGGGUAGAAAAAUGAGAAAAAUGUGCCUAAACUAACCAGAUGUUCCUAGAUAAGCCUUUUCUCUGUGUGUUUGACUUUAAUGACUCUUGUAACUCAUUAGACCCUACUACCUUCCCAGUAGAGUCAGAAGCUAUUGCUCUAUAACUCAUACAAAUUUAACCUCCCUUUAUCUUUGAGAAUUCAAAAUAACUUUCUUGGGCUCUAAGACAGCAGUCUCAUUUGAGCACAUUUGGAUCUCGGGUCCACCAUAACCUUCAACCCCUGCUUUACCUUAUCAAUAAACCCUGGAGUCCUCUUCUACUUUUGCCCCCUGUUUUAGCUGGCCCCCUAGAUUACCCUUUUAGAGAACCCAGGGAUCCUCAUAAUGCCUUCCUAAUCAGUUGUAUGUAACCUUCUCUCUUUUUCCUCUCCUCUUGCCCUUCCUCAUUCACUAGGACUGGUGAAGAGCCGAUGCAUUUCCUGGAGACGGUUGCUAACAACUGAGUUGACAAAGGCAACGUGUGCUGUUGGCAGGAGAGCCCAGGAGUUUGCACCACAGCAUCCCCCAAACAGAUUGCCUAUACAUAAAGUGCAUAGCUGUCAGAGUGGCUCUCCAGUAGAGAGCAAAGGAAGAAACUGAAGAUGCCGUUCUUCAAAUCUGCUUCAAGCCUCCGCUCAGAUGGCAGUGACGUGGACUUGGAAGGCCUUGCCGAAAGCGAGUUAGCCAAACUCCAGCGCCAGUUUCGUCUCCUAGAAGGCAACCGCCAUGCCUACGCUUUCGAAUCACAUGAAAUCAUUCGCAGGCAGAAGGCAGAGAUAAAGCGCCUGGAGAAGGAUAACAAAGAGCUGCUUCAGAGGCACGCUGUGGCUGAGAGCAAGGCCAACGCACAGCAGGAAAAGCUCCAUGGUGACACUCUCCGUUCCUUGUUGGGACAGCGGGAUGAAGUGAAGCGGCAAAUAAUUCAAGAGAAGAAGCAGGUAGCCCUGCUUGAUAAAGAGAUCGAAAACUGGAACAAGCGUUUGACUGACCAGAAGCUGGUGGUGGGCACUGGGACCCUGAUCCAGGAACAGAAGGGCAACUUGCUGAAGCGGAUAGGAACAGUUGAGAAUCAGCUUGACCGGACCACCACAGAAUUCAAUUCUCAGCUCCUCUUGAAUUCACAGCUACGUGAGGAUCUAGAAAUUCUCCGGCUUGAACAUGAUCACUUCGAACAGCUUUAUAGACGUCUAGAGACGGAGCUGUUGGAAACUCGUAGAGCCAUUGGCGCAGUCAUCAGCACAUCCUCUGCAGCCUACGAAGCAAGGGAUGAGGCACAUACGCGCCUAGGCCAGCUGCAGGACAAGGCAAAGAAAGAUGUAGCGCAGUAUGAAUCGGAGAUGAAAGAAUUAUGCCGCCAGAUAGAGAAUGACCAGCGCUUGAAUGAGUUCAUUUCCGUCAAGCUGCAGGAGAGGACGUUGACGGAGGAGGCACUAAAGGCCAAGCAAAAGAAAGAGGAAGAGUCCAAACGGAAAGACCCUGAGGAGGAGAUGCUUGAAUCUUUACACACCACCGUGGAUCAAGUCCUGGAACUCACCGACGCGCCAACCUUGGAUGCUGCAUUGAAUAUAUACGUGCAAGAGGAGGAACGGAACUUUGCUCAGUUCAACUACGUCAAUGAUCAGAACGAUCAGAAGGAGCAGAUAUGGGAACAAAUCACUGAGCUCUACCAUGAGAUACAGGAGGCGCAAAAGCGGAGUGCCCAGGAGGACGGGGAGCAGCUGUUGCAGCUCAAGGAGGCCGAAGCGCAGCAGGAGGAAGCUGUGAAAGAGGCGAACCGGAUUGAGCUGGCAUUGAAGGGCCACCACAAGAUUUGGGAGCAGCUCAAGAACGCAAUCGAGGCUCUCUUUUGGAAACUGCAGUGUGACUACUCAGUGCUGGAAAAGAAGCUGGGCGGGUCAACGACUGCCCAGGACGAGAAUGUUGCGAUCUACCUGGGCUUGAUUGAACAAAAGACCAACCAGCUGUUGGCUAUGUAUUCUUUCGCCAAGGCUGAGGAAUAUGAUCAGCCCUACGACACUCUGGAGACAGUGCAACUGCUUCUGGGGCAGAAACCUGAGAUUCGGGCACAGCCUAUGCUUGUUCGGCCACCCACUGCUGGAACUGGCCAUGAGCCAAUAACAGAAGAAGACGAGAAACCCUUAACUCAUGAAGAGCUCAAGCAAAAAAUUAUGAAUGAUAUUGCAAGCAAGACAGCAGCGCUUUCCAUAAAGAGGAGCACACAACCUGAUUUAGCGGAUGAGCGUGGUGGGUUAAGUGCGGCCAAGAAACAACCUCAGGCCUCUUGACUGGAGUAGGAAGCUAUAUACGCGGUCUGUGUCCCGUGCCACGCAAAAGACGGAAGCCAAGUUUGUCACUGGCAGGGUUGUGUUACGGUGUGGUCCUGCGCCACUGCCUUUACACCUGUAGCCUCUGCAGGCUUCUUCCCAUUUGGGAUGAUCGGCAUGCUUGGAUGUAGCCUCCACCCUGCCGUGGAUCUCCAAAGAUCUCCCUCGCUCCUGGUGAAACGCCCCUCUUCUUGGCUGCUCGCUCGAUCAGGACAGAUGGACUGUGCCGAUGAUACAUAACACAUGGUCCGCCAUAUCAACAACGCUUUUCACUCCCGUGCUGCCCACUUGCUUAAAUUCUUCAUAAUUUGACUCUAGAUCCUCUUGCAAAGAGAGAAUGCGUCUUUAAAGAAAACCACACCUCUGCCUGUUUUCAUGGUACAUGGACUUGCGACCUCUCUGAUAAAGGAAUCUAUCCCUCGAGUCUCUGGUUUAGUGAGCUGGUACUUCUAGAAGCCUUCUGGAGCAAGGGGCCCCAGCUCCCUGUCUUAACAGGAUUCACCAUUGGGCUUAGAAGUAGGUGACUAAAACUCGGCUCUGUUCCUCAGCAGCCAUCUUGUGUCAGGAAACCGGCAUGUUAGCUCCCUCAUGCUAUGAAUUGCCAGAGUCUAAUGAAGUCUCGUUUGCUGUCUUAGACAGAGUGGUUGAGGCCCAUGAAGGGUAUAAAGUGUCUGCUCUGCUAUGUGAGAGGAAACUGGGUGUGUUCAAAGCAUUGGCCACAUGUUUUAACUUCUUUUUUUUUUAACCAACUAGCCUGUUCCUCAGAGUGUGUUUUUUACCACAUGGGUAUCUAAAAUGAGACUGUGUCAGUUCCACCCAGAGCACUCUUUUACCACUGCUAAACUGCAGCGUCUUGAGUUUUGAAGAUUACAUGUAAAUGUGUAUGCAAAAAUUCUGCUUUUUAUGGUGAGGAGCAGUUUCCUCAAGGUGUGGGUUGUUGUUUUUUAAGUUCUUUUAGCCCUGAUUUUAGAAUGAGUGGUGUUUUUUUUAAUCCUCAAAAAGAGUGAUACUCCCAUCAUAUUCACCUCACCCAAACCCUCCCCUGCAGUGCCCUCUUCCUACAGUGUCGCCAGAGAAUAAUCUUGGGGAAUCCAUUCCUCUCCCAAAGAUAAUCAUCAUGGAAAAAAUCUCUGUCGUUCCCAUGGAUGUGGAAUGUGGGAGCGGUGCGUGUUGGGGAGGCCGCAGCAGUGGGCGGGGCCUGCCCUCUGAUGGGGGCAACUCAUGCACAGUCCCUGUGACAAGUGGGAAAAACUAUCGCGUUUUUUGAUUAUCAGUGUAAAUUGGAAACUAAAAUGAUUAAAAUGUUUAACUGGUGA